ACUUUUUACACAUUUAUUUUGCUAUCCGCAUUUGUAAAAGAAGAUUUGAUAAUGGAAAGUAAUCCGUUUAGGCAAAAGCCUGUAUUUCACAAGAAAGACAAACAGUUUGGAGUGUCUCGGAAUAAAGUUGAUACUCGGGGUAAAUUGAACAAGAAGGAGAAAGAAUGGGGUAUACAAAAAUUUACGCCAGUUGUGAAAACUCAAUUACCAACCCCAUGGUCAACCUUCAAGAACGAAAUAAUUCAGAAACAGCAAGAGGAGGCAAAAUUACUAAACAAUCCAAACAUGGAAAGUGAAGAAGCCAGGCAGUUUUUGAAGAAACGAGAUCAAAAUUUUCGACGUUCGGAAAUAGCUGAAGGCCGAAAAGAAGACAUCAAAUGGGAAGACUUUAGUGAAAAAGCACAUAAGAAGAGCAGCGAAAAAAGAAGGCGUAGAAAACAAAUUAAGAAAAUCCAAAGAAAUAAGGAUAAAUCUCCUUUAUCGCAAAAUUCCUUUCCUGUAGUGGACGAAGCAAUUUUAAACAACUUUGACAGCAAAAAACUUACUUCCCACCAGAAUAACAGAAUUCGGAAAAUGAUUACCAAAACUACGUAUUUGGCCCGAGGAGCACCAAUUGAAUCAGUAGUGAAUGAUUUGAAACGACGAGGGCUUAAGCCUACGAAAAAACUUGUGUGAUGCAUAUUAAGUUAAGAAUGAUUUCCUUUUGUUACAUUUAUAAAUACGCAACUUAUGUUACUAAGUUAACCCGUA